AUGGCUGCAUCCUCAAUUCCGCCGUCAACCAUCAUCAUUCGCAAAUCGCUCCUCCUCUCCACCACCACUUUCUCCUUCCCCGCUUCUUCCUUGCCUUCCUCCAUCAACUUACCGCAAAAACACAUUCACAGAAGACUCCUCCUAGCUUCCUCCUCCUCCUCAGCCGCCGUUCCUUCCGAUUCCAAACCCGCAGUGAAGAAAGAAACUGUCUAUUUCGACGGCGGAGCUCAUUACGGGGAUCUACUGGCGAACCUCGUCUUAGGCCUAACCAUCCUCUGGCUCCCACUAACGCUAGCAGCCGUGUCUCGAGCGUUUAACCUCCGUUACAGGUUCACCAACCUCCGCGUGACGGUGAUAUCGGGGAUCACCGGAGAAGACCGGAGCGAUUUCUCGUACAAGGUGAUCAAGGACGUCCAGGUUGUGCCGAGGUUCAUCGGAGAAUGGGGGGACAUCAUCAUCACGCUGAGAGACGGGACGAAAGUGGAUCUGAGAAGCGUUCCUAAGUUCAGAGAGAUUGCUAAGUACUGCUUGUCCAUGGCUGAUCAACCUGCCGUUGUCAAAGAAUCUGGUGCUAAAGGCUUCUGAAAAUUGUUUCUCAGUUUUUCCAGUUCUUGGCAAAAUGAUUGUUAAAUCUUUUGUGAUUAUUGAUUGUUCAGUAGAAUUCGAGUCGUUUUCAUCUUCUCUGUUUGUAUCUUUCUAUCUUAUCUAUGUGGGAGAAGAACUACGUAAUUGGCGCGCUUUUAGCUGUGCGAUAAGAAACGUCUUCAUGUUUGGUUUA